UCUUCUCCAUAUCUGCAAUUUGAUCUUGGGAUUCUGUUUUAAGAUCUCCUAAGAUUGCUGUUUCAGUGAAAUGUUGCACAAACAUUAUCCUAGUUACCAAGUAUCACCUUCACUUGUAGUAAUUUGCUACAGUAUGUAGCGAGUUUACAUGAUUUGCCUAAUAUGUCACACUGCAGCAGUAAUUCACUCUCCUUUUCUUUCUGUAAAACAGAUUGGUGGGUGUUGCAGCUUAAAUGUAUUUUCAGUACGGGACAAUCAGUUAUCUAGGAUUCCACCGGAGAUAUCGCAGGCCACAGAGCUCCAUGUUCUUGAUGUAGCUGGAAACAGGUUGAUACAUCUUCCCAUGUCGCUGACUAGCUUGAAGCUGAAAGCUUUGUGGUUGUCUGAUAACCAGUCUCAGCCUUUGCUUACCUUCCAGACAGACACAGACCCUGAAAUGGGAGAAAAAAUUUUAACAUGUGUUUUACUUCCUCAAUUGCCUUCUGAGCCUAGUUGCCAAGAUAACCUUCCCCGGUGUGGUGCAUUGGAGAACUUGGUAAAUGAAAUGUCAGAUGAAACGUGGAAUGAACGGGCAGUAAACAGAGUCAGUGCAAUUCGCUUCUUAGAUGAUGAAAAAGAUGAAGAAGACAAUGAAAUGCGGACACUCCUAAGGCGAGCCACUCCACACCCUGGGGAAUUAAAGAACAUGAAAAAGACAGUGGAGAAUUUACGGAAUGAUCUGAAUGCUGCUAAAGGACUGGAUUCAAACAAAAAUGAGGUCAAUAAUGCCAAUGACAGAGUGACCACUUCUGUGUAGAGCCUCACAUCCUCCAGGUUGUUGCUCCUGUGUCUUCCCUCCGCUGUCAAAAUAUUACCGUUGCAUCCUGGAAAUGCCAUCUAUUCAACCCUCAUAUGUCUUUGAUCGGCGAUCCAACUCAUCUUGUCCUUGUGUCAUUUCUUGGGAAGGUGCUUCUCAGCGGAAGAAAAGUGCCUGACUUCAUUCCAAGCAUUUGAACACAGCGCAAGUGCACUGAGCAAAGUUCUUUGCUGUCAUGUCUCCCAUUUGUCUGUCAGUGAUUUUCCAUUGUUGUCAUUUCCAUAAAUGUUAAGCUGUUGGUUUCUGGGUUUUUGGAUAAGGGAAAUACACUAUUACAGAACCUCGGUCGGUUUUCUACUAAGAUAUUCUCCUCAAAUCCCUUCAUGGCUGAACUAUUUAUAUGGCUGCUUGACUUAUCAUGAAAAGAACUAGUUAUAUGGAGAAGUUAUACUUUUACUUCCUGGGCAGCUCAGAUGAUGUAAAUUUUAUAAUUUUGUAUAGGAGUUUCAUAACAAAAACAAAAAUGUUUUUAAAAGAAAAAAUUUUAAAAAGUAGAUUUUGUUAUUCCUAUUGGAUUAAUUCCAAAGAUGUACAUGAUUGUCCUAUUGCAUGUGCCUUAAUUGCAGCCUAAAUCAAGCUAAACAGAAAAUGUAGUGAGAUUAGUUAAAACCAGGGUGCCUCUUUCAAUGUGUUAUCUUGCAAAUAAUUAACUUUUACUCUCCUUUACAAAAGUUGUUAAAGGCAUCUUUUUUUCUACUAUUGUGAUGACACGAGAUCCUCAAACUCUGCCUUCCUUAUGAUAUGAUUCAUUGACAAUUGUAAAAAAAAUAUAAGUUUGGCUGCCAAUGCAUUGCAGUCACUAGAAUUUCAGUGCCCAUCUUUAACUAUACCAUCUGUAAACAAGUUUAAAAAAGUGAACAAAAUACACAGCAACUAGUGCCUAUGUUGUGGAAACAAAUGUUAUCUGCUAUACAGACAUGAUAUUCUCAUACGUUUAAAGGUUUUAUAGAUACAUAAGACCUAAUAAAUACCUUAAGAAACA